UAGAUAAGCUUAUGUAGAGCCCCCCGACGUUCUUUAGGAAUUUAUCCACAUGUCCCUUGAAAAUGUUCACACUUGAAGCUUCAAUUGCUUUUCGAGGGAGAAUGUUCCAGUAGUUGACCACUCUCUGGGUAAACCAGAACUUCCUGAGGUUGAGGUUGGAUCUUGAUUUGUACAGUUUAAGUUGGUGACCCCUGUGCUGCACGGUUGACAAAUCAAAGAAAUGUUCAGGGUUCAAGCCCUCAAGGCCCCUAAGUAUCUUAAAGGUCUCGAUAAGAUCUCCUCGCAGCCUCCUGCACUCCAGGGUGGUCAAUUUCACUUCCCUGAGUCUGUGAACGUAGUCUAGGUAACAUUUGACACAUCGUGGCCUUGUCAUGGCCUCAACAGCUCAUUCUGAGCUUGCUGCUGCUCAUCGUAAAGCUCUACUGGUGUCUGUUGGUGUAGUGUGUAUGGAAACAGGAUUCGACAGCGCUAAAGAGUCAUGUCUCGAAACAUUAACAGAAAUGCUACAGAGCUACAUAAGUGAAUUAGGCCGUAGUGCCAGAACUUACUGUGAGCUUGCUGGUCGUACACUCCCCAUGGUGGCUGAUGUAGGAAUUGCUCUAUCAGGGAUGGGGUCAAAUGUCAAAGGGUUGAAUCCGUAUGUACGUCGGCGAAGGAGGCUUCCGACUUUACAUCAGGACCGUUGUAAACAAUCCGUCCAAUGCAAAGCCCUUCAAGCCGGUGAGAAAAAGUCACAUCCUUCAUACAUUCCAGAUCAUCUACCAGAGUUUCCUGAUCCUCACUCAUACAUCAGAACAUCGACAGUAAGACAGCAAGAAAACGACUACAAGAUAAUCCGAGAGAAAGCCGCAUCCCAGAAACGAGAUGUAGAGAGAGCUCUGACAAGGUUCAUAGCCAAGACUGGAGAUACACAAACCCUAUUCCCGGGAGACAGUAAUGUAUUCCCAUUGAUUGCCUGUACCCCGUCACCUCUUCCAUACGUUGACGCACUCAUGCCACCAGAACAUGAAAUAUGUGAAGAUGAAGAUACCGAAGACACGGAUAUUGAAGACUCCAAACCCUCAGAUGACAACGAGCAGAAUAAAGUCGAGGAUGGUGAAACGCCGACGCCCAAAUCACCGGGAAGCUCGAGGAUGCGAGUGGAGAGAAUGAAGAUUGAGAAUCUAAUGGCUGAUAAUCCUUUCUUGAGAAAAGUAAAGAAGCCGAGAAUGAAAGUUAAAAAGAAGUGAAUUUUCUGUACUGUACGUGUAGUUGGUGUUUUAAGUGUACAUGUACUAUGUACUUUUAAAGGAUUGGGGUACUUUUUGUUACACAAAACACAAUUUCCACAAGUUAAACAUUAAACUAACUUGGUUUGAAGAUAAUGAGAUAGAAGGCUUCCCUUAAAAUAUUAAUUACUGAGGUGCUGUAGUG